CUGACGGGGCCCCGCACACAUAAAGGUGGAGUGACGUCAGAGGAGGCUCCAGUCAGUAGAAAGACAGCACCCCGUCCUCCCAGCGCGCUGCUGCUGUUGGCCCCCUGCGCGUCCCAGGAGCUUCCGUCGUCCGUUCCAUUGCCCUGCUCUUUUCGGGACUAACCAUGGGGGGACUGGAUGCGCUUCGGCAGUUUAGUUUGAUCAAAUGGCUCCGAGAGGAGAGACAGUCCAGGAAACUGAGUCUCUUCAUUGUUUUCGUCGCUCUUCUCUUGGAUAACAUGCUGCUGACUGUAGUCGUUCCCAUCAUCCCCAGCUACCUGUACAAUCUGGAUGAGUCAACAGACGUAGUGUUGAAGAACAUCACUGCGUCCCAGCCGGCAGCUCCAGGAACCUUCCACAGCAUUGUGUCCUUAUACGACAACACUGUGAGGUCUGCAGGUUUCAACGCCACAGCCUGGUCCCCGGACCUGGUUCCUACGGCCACUGCUGCCACAGAGCUGCCACACAACUCCUCUGACUGCCCCCAGUCUGCCAGCAGGCUGCUCAGUGAGAACGUCAAAGUAGGACUGCUGUUCGCCUCCAAGGCCACCGUACAGCUGAUUACCAACCCCUUCAUAGGCCUACUCACAAACAGAAUUGGAUACCAGCUUCCUCUAUUUGCUGGCUUCUGUAUCAUGUUCCUCUCUACAAUCAUGUUUGCCUUCUCAUCGAGCUACGCUCUGCUGUUUGUGGCCAGAUCCCUGCAGGGUGUGGGCUCGUCCUGCUCCUCUGUUGCUGGGAUGGGAAUGCUCGCGAGUGUGUAUACAGACGAUGAGGAGAGAGGCCGCGCCAUAGGAAUCGCCCUGGGGGGGCUGGCAUUGGGAGUGUUAGUGGGACCCCCCUUCGGCAGUGUGAUGUAUGAGUUUGUUGGGAAGACGGCUCCUUUCCUUAUUCUGGCGUUCCUGGCUUUGUUUGAUGGAGCUCUGCAGCUCUUUGUUCUUCAGCCCACCAAGGUGGAACCUGAGAGUCAGAAGGGGACCCCGCUGUUGACGCUGAUGAAGGAUCCAUACAUUCUGAUCGCAGCCGGUGCCAUUUGUUUUGGAAAUAUGGCCAUUGCCGUGUUGGAGCCAACGCUGCCGAUCUGGAUGAUGGAGACCAUGUGUUCCAGUGAAUGGCAGUUAGGCGUGGCUUUCUUACCAGCGUCCAUCUCCUACCUUAUUGGAACCUACAUCUUCGGCACGUUGGCGCACAAGAUGGGAAGAUGGCUUUGUGCUCUCAUUGGAAUAGUGCUGGUUGGAGUCAGUGUAAUCUGUGUUCCAUUUGCCAAAAACAUCUAUGGUCUGAUUGUUCCCAACUUUGGUGUGGGUUUUGCUCUUGGCAUGGUGGACUCGUCUAUGAUGCCUAUCAUGGGUGACCUGGUGGACCUGCGCCAUGUGUCUGUUUAUGGAAGUGUGUAUGCCAUUGCUGAUGUGGCUUUAUGCUUAGGAUUUGCUUUAGGUCCAUCCAUCGGAGGACCAAUAGCUGAGAGUAUUGGCUUCCCCUGGCUGAUGACCAUCAUUGGAAUAGUGGAUAUUAUUUUUGCUCCUCUUUGCAUCUUCCUCAGGAGUCCACCGGGACAAGAAGAGAAAAUUACUUUAUUGGAGGGAGAAAAACCAUGAAUAACCAUCACUGGACAUCAGUCGGCUGCAUGCGUGUCUCCAUCGGCCUUCGUGUCCAUUUGUUUGUCCCCAUGCAGCGUCUGCCAGCCUGCUCCACCUCUCUCAUUGCAUUCUGUCUGGAUUCACCACCAUGUGUUCAUCUUUUCGGUCAUUUUACCUCCAUCAGUGUUUGCCUCUUUUAACUUUUUACCAGGGAUGCGCCGUCAGUUGCAUUGGGAUAGGCCCGAUUCUGACCCUAUUGAGUAAAUUAAGGAUUUAUCCACAUUAAAUACUUUAUGGGGGCAUAUCAUGAAAACAUGUCAUUUAACAAGCCAUUCAGAUUUGGCUUCUCUUCAAUUGUCACAUGCAGGCUCAUUAGAAUACUCCCUUAAGUUGCUCUCAAAUUUUUUCAUUAAUGUGCCCAUUUUAAAAUACUUUUUUAGUCAGGAAGCUCCUGAGCAGCACAACCCAUUUCAUGCAGACAUGACAGUGGUGAAGCAUCAGUUUAACGCUAAUUCAAAGGUUUAGAAUCCAUCUCUUCAUCACUAUUAUGGAACAAUUAUUUUAGGAAUUAUGCAUGCCCAAUAUUUACUUUUUAUUAAUUUUUUUGUUUGUCACACGAGUUUAAGCAGCCUGGCGCUGUUAACCGUGGGGGGGGGGGUCAAAGGUUAUACUGAGAGGCGACCCAAAGGACACGCCUCUAUGUUGUCGUUUAGAACGACAGACUUCUCUGGGUUUGAACAUCUUUGGAAACAUUUGGGAUAAUGUAAGUACACAACUCAACAAAAUAUAUAACAUAGUCAUUUUGUAUUAUAUAUUUACAUAUAUAUCUAAGUAAAGGGACAAUCAGGGUAUAUUAUGUCUGUAUAUUUAAUGUUCUGACUAAUAAAAACCAAUUGUUUCUAGCAAAAUAGUGUUCUUGGUGGAGUAGGAAAGCCACUAUUUUUCAUAGGCAGUCAUGCUCAUUUGUAGCAUUAUAAUUGAAUCAUAUUGCAUUCUCUGCUCUCUGUCUCUCAUAUGGGAGGACACAUGUUUACUAAAAUACCAAUAUGGUCGCUGGUUGCCUCCUGUUCUCAGAGAUGCUACGUACACUGCACUAAUCCAUACAGCUUCUUUCUUCUUAAUGUUAAACAGCUUUAUUGUUGGUAUUUGUUUCUGUAUUUAUUGUUUCAUAUUAAUGUUUCAAAUUGGUAUGGACCAACCACAAAGGCAAAUUCCUUGUAAGUGUUACUUCUGAUUCCGACUAAAUACCUGACAACACAGACUCUUUCCACCAAUCACCUUCUCUGUUUGGGCCACUGAUGAGUAGAAGCAGGAGUGGCUUGUGGCCUGGGGGUAAAAUGUUUGCCCCACAACCACAGGACAUCAGGACACUUUGACAUUUCUGUCCCGGGGCUGACUGGGACAAAGAUCCAGCCCUGGCACUGUAGCCAGACCAGCCCACAUUACCACGGCCAUGCAGCCCCACCCACGGACAUGUGCAUCCACUAAUUACAUUUGUGUACAGAUGAUGAAAUAAUAUUAGCAGUACCUUAUGUAACAGAUUUUAAAACAUUUAAUGUAAGUAACUGUUAAACAAUGCUUCCUACUUUUUAUAACAAAUUGUGGACACCGGACCUAUUGUCUGUCUGCACCCCCAUCUCUAA